CCUGAUUAACGCGUAUGGCAACCUGCGAAAUCCAUUGUACGCCCGCAACGUGUUCGACAAAAUGGCCCAACCAAAUCCUUUCUCUUGGAACACCCUUCUUUCUGCUUACUCCAAGUCUGGGGACCUCUCGACAAUGCAAGACAUCUUCAAUCUCAUGCCGAGCAGAGAUGGGGUGUCCUGGAAUUCGCUUAUUUCCGGGUAUGCGGUUCAUGGCUCGGUUACUGAAGCUGUCGGGACUUAUAGCAUGAUGCUUAGGGAUGGAUCUGUUAAUUUGAAUCGAAUUACAUUUUCCACCUUGCUCAUGUUGUCGUCAAGUAAAGGGCAAGUCAACUUGGGCAGGGCGAUUCAUGGGCACAUACAGAAAUUUGGGUUCAAGGCUUGUGUGUUCGUUGGAAGUUCUUUGGUCGAUAUGUAUUCCAAAAUAGGGCCGGUUCAUGAGGCCGUGAAAGCAUUCAAUGAAAUUCCCCAAAGGAAUGUUGUAAUGUAUAAUACACUGAUCACGGGACUUUUACGUCAUGGAGUGGUGGAGGACGCUAAGCGUCUCUUUCACAACAUGAAGGAAAGAGAUUCAAUUUCCUGGACGACGAUGAUAACUGGUUUUGUACAGAAUGGAUUAGAUAGAGAUGCCCUUAAUUUAUUUCAGGAGAUGAGAUUAGCCGGGAUGGUGAUUGAUCAGUAUACUUUCGGGAGUGUGCUGACUGCAUGUGGGGGACUGAAGCUCCUUGAAGAGGGCAAGCAAGUUCAUGCUUUUAUCAUCAGGAAGGACUAUAAAGAUAAUGUCUUUGUGGGUAGUGCUCUCCUGGACAUGUAUUGCAAAUGUAGAAAUGUACAAUAUGCUGAAGCAGUUUUUAGGAGAAUGCGGCACAGGAAUGUUGUUUCAUGGACAGCAAUGCUUGUGGGCUAUGGCCAGAAUGGAUUCAGUGAGGAAGCUAUUAAGAUUUUCUCCGACAUGCAGAAAAAUGCGAUUGAGCCUGAUGAUUUUACUCUGGGUAGUGUCAUCAGUUCAUGUGCAAACUUGGCGAGCUUAGAAGAAGGAGCUCAAUUCCAUGCGCAAGCCCUAAUGUCAGGCUUGAUUUCUUUUAUUACUGUCUCCAAUGCACUCAUUACUCUGUAUGGUAAAUGCGGAAGUGUUGAGUACUGCAACCAGUUGUUUGAUGAGAUGGUAUUCAGGGAUGAAGUUUCUUGGACUGCAUUGAUUUCAGGAUAUGCACAAUUUGGCAAUGCUGAUAAGACUAUCACAUUAUUUGAGAAGAUGUUGGCACAAGGCCUAAGACCCGAUUCAGUUACAUUCAUUGGGGUUCUUUCAGCUUGUAGUAGAGCAGGACUAGUGGAAAGAGGGUAUCGGUAUUUUGAAUCAAUGUCUAGAGACCAUGGCAUACUUCCUAUUCAUGAUCACUAUACUUGCAUGAUUGACCUCUUAAGUCGAGCUGGAAGAAUAAAAGAAGCACAAGACUUUAUUCAUAAGAUGCCUUUCCCGCCAGAUGCAGUUGGUUGGGCUACUUUGUUGAGCUCUUGCAGAGUUCACUCCAACCUAGAGGUAGGGAAAUGGGCAGCUGAGUCGCUUCUAGACCUAGAGCCAACAAAUCCUGCAGGGUAUAUCUUGCUCUCAAGUAUCUAUGCUGCUAAAGGAAAAUGGAAUACUGUAGCUCAGUUAAGGAGAGGAAUGCGAGAAAAGGGUUUAAGAAAGGAUCCUGGAUGCAGUUGGAUAAAGUUUAAGAACAAGCUUUACAUUUUCUCAGCAGACGACUUCUCCAGUCCAUUUUAUGAUCAGAUAUAUGCUGAGUUGGAAAAAUUAAACGAGAAAAUGAUACAAAUGGGGUAUGUGCCAGAUGCCAGUUCAGUUCUACAUGAUGUUGAGGAACUGGAGAAAAUAAAGAUGCUUGGCCACCAUAGUGAGAGGCUGGCGAUUGCCUUCGGAUUGAUAUUCAUUCCUCGUCAUUGUCCUAUAAGAGUAGUUAAAAAUUUGAGGGUGUGCAGGGAUUGUCAUAAUGCUACUAAAUACAUCUCAAAGAUAACUCAGAGGGAGAUCCUUGUUAGAGAUGCGGUCAGGUUCCAUUUGUUUAAGGAUGGGGCAUGCUCUUGUGGAGAUUUUUGGGUUGGAGAAGACCAGGUUAAAGUGGAAUGCACAUCGAGUAACUAUAUGCUUUAUGGGAACGAAAAGAAAACAUGAUUACCUGUAAGUCUCUACAGAUCUCAAUUACUUCUGUCACAGGAGCCCAGUCACCGAAGUUCCUCUCAACAAACUGGUUUCCACCACCAAGAGCCUUGAAGAAGUCCAUACCUCGAUCAAAAAGUACAAUGACCCCCCCAAUACCGUCGCCAGAAGUCUUGUACCUUCACAAUAUCUAUUUUGUAUUGACUCUAUGUGCUCGUGAAGAACUGCAUAUAGUUGAACUCCCAAUGCGUCAAAUAAGGGUUUCCUAGCAUAAAGCUGAUGAGCUUCAGCUCUGCACAUGAUGCACCUGUUCUCAACAGAAAUUGCACAGGGUCGUCUAAUACAGAGGAUAACCGCUGGUUUGUCACGCCACAAUUCUGAAGCCUUCAUUGGAGGUGCCUUGGUUUUCAGCAAGCGCUCCAUCCCAAUCUUAUACUCCGGAGCCAGCUUCUGAACAGUAAUGUUCUCAAUGGUAGAAUAAGGAGCAACCUGGUCCACUACUGGUGGAGCAGCUAUACAGCCACAUGCUCGAGGAUCAGCUGGCCCUGCAGCAAUCACCCCUUUAAAGACGUACCCAUCUUUGAUCUUGAAAUCAGCCAGCGACUGUUCUGUGGAUUUUUCAUAAGUCAUCAUACUGGCUGCAGAAUAUCUUGAUACGCUAGCCAUCUUUCUUGAGGUGGUAGACCCAAAACUUUUGACAAGGCUGUCGCUUCUUGAUGGUGUUGGAGGUUUCCUAAUAGAUUGGCGUUACUGAGGGCAAGAAGUUCUGACAAACCUUUCCCAGAGGCUUCUAGUCUGUCUCCAUAGUUCAUCAGAGCACGAUCAUGCAGGUUCAUUUCAUCCAUGUCCUCAGUGUCCAUAAUUUUCAAAGUUGGCACAUCAUCCCAUCCUUCUUCCAACAACUUUGGGAGCAGCUCUUUCAGAACACCAUUGCCUACAAAGUCUUCCAUAGAAAAGGAGGCCAUCCUCUCUCUGGUAGAGUGGAGAAAACAGCAAAGUCUGCUCUGGAAAGGCUCUGCAACGGUUGAAGAGACCAAAAAGAGCAUGCAACUUUGUUACUCAGACAGGAAUAACAACAGUAAUGGAGUAGAUAUGUAACCUGGAGACGUGGCUAAGAAACUUUGCCUCAGAAAUGUCAACGGUGACACUUGAAAGGGCUUCUUUCCUGGUUAGAAAAGUUAUGUCUUGUUGGAUGACAGGUUCCACCCACUUAAUGCAGAAUAUGCAUCAUCCUUCCUGCUCUCUCAGAUAUAUGUGCAUAGAUCAUUUGUCUGUGACUUUGCCUGG